AUGGCAACACAUAUAUAUGCAUCAUUAGAUGAGAAUUCAAUAAAAUCAUUAAAUAUUUUAAGUAGUGACAGUAAUGGUAUCGAAAUUAGAAUUCAAGCAGCUAAAUAUAUAAAGAAUUGUAUAAUAGGCAAUAAAUUAAAAAAAAAACUGUUCAUCGAUGCAGGUGCCAUACCAUUAUUUGUAAAUAUUUUAAAUAAAGAAACUGACGAAGAUUUAUUAAUUCAAGCAUCGUCUAUUAUUGGUAGUUUUGGUUGCAGAAUUGAUGAAGGAUCACAAAAAAUUUUUGAAUAUAAUGGUGUCACACCACUAAUCAGUUUAUUAUCAAGUAAAAAUUUAAAGUUAGUCGAAUCAGCAGCAAGAUCAUUAAAAAUAGUAUCGCUUUUUCAUCAACCACCACCCUCAAUUUACGAUGAACAAGGAGUUAAGCUUUUAAUAUCAUUAUUCAAUCAUCCAUUGGACUCAGUUAAGGAGGUCGCAGCAACUAUUAUAGCGAGAGGAUGUGAAUCAUUAUUUAAUCAAAGUAGUCUCGAUAAUAUGGAACCUCAACCUAUCGAACCAAAUCUCAUUAAUCACUCACUAUUAAAAUAUCAAAAUUUUGUACAUAUUCAUAGUGGGCUUAGUACAAUGAUUUCAAUUUUAGUUUCACCAAGAUCAAAAAUUCAAGAGGCAUGUUUAUAUGCUAUUGGUUGGCUUACUCGUGAUAACGUUCAAUUAUCCUCAUAUGUCGUAAAUGAUGAACGUAAACCUUUAGAAUGUAUUGUAAAUUUAUUUAAAAAAAAUAAGAGUCCAAGAGUUAAAUUAUUGGCAGUUAACUGUUUAUGUAAUUUUAAUCAAUCUAAAAUAUUAUCAACAUCAUUUUCACAUUUAAUAAAGAAUAUAUUACCAAUUAUAAUUAGAUUAAUGGCAGAGGAAGAAACAGUUAAAGAAGAGGCACCAGUAGUAUUGGCAAGACUCAUUGUUGAUAAUGAAGACUUUCAAAGAAUUGCAAGUGAAGCAGAGGCAAUUACUAGAUUGGGUAGUUUUUUAAAGGAUUCAAGUGCAUCAGAUCGUUUAAAAGAGAAUUCAUUGACAGCAAUAGCAGUUUUAUGUUCACAAAGAGAGGAUAGCAGAAAACAAGUGGUAGAUGCUAAAAUUAUACCUCAAAUAAUAAGCAGUUUAAAUAGUUCAAAUUAUGCGAUUAGAGCGGCAGCAUGCAAUUGUACAAAAUCACUCUCACGUUCCAUUAAACAAUUAAGAACCUCGCUAUUUGAUUGUACCAUCGCAACACCAUUGUUAAAGCUAUUAGAUGAUCCAUCCCUCGAGGUACGUGUGUCAGCAUCGGCAACUCUUUGUAAUUUGGUAUUGGAUUUCUCCCCAAUGAAGCAAGCAGUAUUGGAUAAUGGUAUACUCCAAAAAUUGGUACAAUUAAUAUUUGAACCACACGAUUUCAAAAUACGUUUAAAUUGUAUUUGGGCUUUAAAAAACUUAUUAUAUAUGGCAGAACCUUCAUUAAAAGAGUCGGCAAUGAAAGAAUUGGGUUACGACAAACUAAUCGAUUUAAUCAAAGACCACGACUCAUCCAUCUCUGAACAAGCAUUAGCAGUAUUAAGAAAUCUAGCAUUCAAAGAUAAUGAUCAACUCGUUAGUGAAGAACGUUUCAAUGGUCAAAUGGUUCCAACACUCGAAAGCAAAUUAACCCCUUCAAAUCCACCCGAAAUCAUCAAACAAACUUUAUUUGUCAUUUGUAAUAUAGUAACCAACGAAAAAAUUAGAAAUUCUGUAAUGAACUCCUCAAUUGUUAACAAACUAUUACAUUUCAUGGAGCAUAAGCAUAGUGAUAUUCGUGUGGUAUCCAUCUGGUGUGUAUGCAAUUUAAUAGGUCCUGAUGAAAACACAAACUCGUCAGUUAGGGCCAUGAAGUUUAAAGAAUUGGGUUAUGUAAAAAAAUUAGAAUCUCUAGUCGAUGAUCAAAAUAUAGAAGUUAAAGACCGUGUUAAAACUGCAUUAAACUUAUUUAAAAGAUAG